AUGUCAGUAGAUCACGGCGACAAUGUCGCCCGGAUGGAUGAUCUCGAGCUUGAAGCCGCUGGCUACAAGCAGUCGAUGCCCCGUCAAUUCUCCCUCUGGUCCCUUAGUGCGCUCUCCUUUACCCUGACCUGCACCUGGCUCGGGACCGGAUCAUCCGUUGGCAUCAGUCUGACAGAAGCCUCAUCUGCUGGCACUUUGUGGUCUCUUCCAAUUGCUGGAUUCAUGACAUUGGUAGUGUCAGCAGGAAUGGCGGAACUGGCAUCUGCAUAUCCCUGUGCUGGCGCGCAGUACUACUGGUCGUUCAUGGUAGCAAGCGACGAGUACAAGCCUUUCAUGUCUUUCGUCAACGGAUGGGUCAGCGUACUCGGCUGGUGGCUAGGAGCGGGCUCGGUAGCCAACUUCGUCUCAUCCAUGAUCCUGGAUAUUGUCUUCGUCUGGUAUCCGGACUACAGCCAACAACACUGGCAGCAGUACUUGGUAUAUGUCGCCCUUAUUUGGCUGGCGGUGGGAAUCAAUGUCUUUGGCUCUCAAUGGAUUCCGCUUUUUAACAAGUUUGUAUUCUUGCUGUCAGUCGUUACUCUCAGCAGUACCAUGAUCGUCCUGUUCGUGGUCAGCCGCCACCAUCACGCAUCAGCUUCAUUUAUCUUCACGGACACAACUAGUCGGAGCGGCUGGUCGAGCGAGGGCUGGUCAUUCAUGCUCGCGGUCGGCAACGCCGUCUACUCUUUUCUGGGCAGUGACGGCGGCGCCCAUCUCUGCGAGGAGAUACCCAACCCAGCUCGAAGCGUUCCCAAGGUCAUCAUGUACCCUCUGCUUAUGGGCCUUAUUACUGCGUUUCCCUUUGCUGCCGCUUUGAUGUACGCAAUCACGGAUCUCUCUGCUGUCCUUGCCACCCCGACGGGACUGCCGUUGAUCGAAAUCUACCGCCAAGGAACUGGUUCCAACGUUGCAGCAUCGAUACUGAUGGCUGUUUUUGCGUUCUGUUUCUUUAGCAACUUGGUCGCAAAUGCUACAACCGCAUCGCGUACCCUCUGGGCCUUCUCCCGUGAUGGAGCCUUACCCUACUCCAAGAUCUGGAUGGCCGUCCAUCCCCGCUUCCAGAUGCCUUUGAACGCCAUGCUGCUCUCCGCAUCAUGCAUCUCGAUCUACGGCGUUAUAUUCAUCGGCUCCACCACCGCCUUCUCCGCCAUGCUCAGCGCCGCCAUCGUCUUCCUUCAAACCUCCUGCGUCAUCCCGCAAGCUAUCCUCCUCUACCGCGGCCGCGAUAAAGUCCUGCCUGAGCGCUACUUCAGCCUCGGCAAGUACGGUGUCGUCAUCAACAGCGUCUCCGUCGCCUGGGUCGUGUUCCUCGAUAUCCUGUACUGCUUCCCAACCUCUAUGCCAGUCACGCCGCAGAACAUGAGUUACGUGUCUGUUGUGUCGUCAGGCCUUGUGGCGUUUGUGAUAGCGCUAUGGUUCACGUCGAAGAAGGGGAAGUUUAUAGGCCCACAUGUUAAUUUCGCGUUGUUGGAGGAACGGAGACAUGCGGCUAUUACGGGGCGAUUGGAGACUCUGGAUGGGUUGAGUAUGCAAAACAGCGAGGAUGCCGUGGGAAUGACCCAGAAGUCGUGAUGGUGGAAAGCUUAACAUCGUGAUGUUGGAUAGUUUGACAUUGUGGAAAGAUAUCGCCUAGCAAUGUGCUUUGGAUAGACAGAUAGACAGUAGGAUCUUGUCAAGUUGAGAAUCGCAAACGGAG